UGUUAUUCUCUUUCUAUGCGAGAACUUAUUUCUCCAUCCUACUAUAUCCUUUCUAACUGAAGAUAACACUCACUCGCGGGAGCGGGUUCUUCUUCCGGUGGCUCUCUAUACAUUUACCGACAGGUCGACGACAAGUUAGCAUAUACACAUUGUCUCAUAACUAAGUUUGAACAAGGUAACAUUAGUUGAGGACUAUUUUGCAAAACAUCGUUUUUCUUCUUCUUUUGUUAUUCAAAGUCGUUUAUCAAGAAGAAAGAAGCUAUGUUUUGAUAAUACGUGAAUAGGAGAUAGUACUCCUCCUCGCUCUUUUUAUUUAAAAUUAGUCAAUAAACUAGCUACAAGAAAAGAACAUUUCAGAGAGAGAAAGAAAAACUUGCUACUAGCAAGGUUGUUGCUUAUCCAUUUUGAGCUACGAUUAUUUACGGAGGGUGUUAUCAUCAUCAUCAUGAACAGGUAUCAUUUGUUUUGCAUGAAUUUAUAUGGUACAUAAUGUAUUAGCCAAAAAAGAAAGAGGUCGUCAUCAUUGCCUCAUAUCUCAUUUUCUUACUAUCACACAGAGCACAGAUCAUCAAAGUAAAAAAAAAACUCAACAACAACGGCAUCUUUUUCUCUUUUUACCUUUUUUUCCUCUUCCAACUACUUUUACAGAAAAACCACCCAAUAUAAUGGCAUUGAAAGAUACAGUCCACAAAACGGCGAAUGUCAUUGUCUUCAUUUUCUUUGUAGCCAUGACUGGUUACACGCUUUUCAGUAAAGAUAAGAUUGCUGAUCUUCUUGACGAUUAUCAAACGUACUUUAGCCCUGCUCGAUGGUUCUUUCUUGUAUGGUCGGCGAUCCAUCUUUUGCUUCUUGGCUUUGUCGCCUAUCAGUGGACAGAAAGUGCUCACGGCGCUGUGAUUGAUGGUGUUGGAUGGAUGUUUAUUGUCUCUGCCCUGCUCAACUCCAUGUGGUUUAGUCUUUUGGAGAACAAUCAUACCAUUCUUGCGUUUAUCAUUAGUCUGUUUCUUGUCUUUUCCGUUUCUGUCAUCUUCUACAAUUUGGCAAACGAACAUCCGGCCGAUGGAUGGAUGGAAAAACUGUUUGUCCAUGCGCCAUUUUCGUUGUGGCAUGGGUUUACGGUGUUCUUGGCGGUCCUGAGCGCAUUUAUCGCAUUUACCAGAGUCCGCAGAAACGAUCUCGGCCAAAUUGUACCACCUGACGUGCUGCAUGUCAUUCUCGUCUACCUGGCUUUGAUCUUUUUGACAGCUACUGCGCUGGGCUAUGUACAGUACAAGCAUGAUCGUGGUGAUGUGACUUCGGCAUGGGUGAUUGCAGUUAGUUUAUGGGCAGUCUUUGAUGAGCAACAUUUCGAUGUCAUCCGUUGGCCAGCAUUGGCAGCUGCCAUUUUGAGUACCAUUUGGCCCGUCAAGCCUUACAUAUACAAGAUGCUCGGUAGGCGUACAACGACCUCUGGUCAAGAAACUGCCCCCUUGCUAGCUUAAAACAUUCAAACAGAAGUAGUAUACCAAGUAGCGUCAGGUGUGGACCCGGCCCCCCACCCCGCUCGUACCUUCUCUCUCUCUCUCUCUUGCAAACAAUUUUGUGCGCUUUCAACAAGUUUGAAGAUCUUCCAACUACUGCUGCUACCACUUUUUUUUUCUUUUCCUCUUGCUGUUAUUAAUAGGAAUAAAGAGAAAUUUUUCUAUCAACCUAAUCCAUCUUAAAAACAAAGGCCCAAAAAGAUGAUCUAAAGAUGAUAACGAAUCUAUCAAUCAUUUAAAAGAUAGUGUCAUGGG